AUGUGGCUCUUGAAGCACGUAGUUGUUGGUCGCGACACAACCCUCUUGUUACCGACCAAGUUCCCGACACGCCCAACCGAACAUUCGCGUAACACCGCAUCGGCCCGAUACCAUAAUGCUGAGGUCGUAGUGGGCAUUGGAGGGAAUCGCUCUGGGCUGCGGGGCCACCCGGUGGUAUCUGGGGUAUCUCCUGAGGUCAGCAUGCUAGUGCUCGUAGAUCUGCGAAAAACGGGGUCCCGGCGCUUAGAGAGGUGGUGCGCUCAUGCACUGUUUAUUAUCUUCCCAAAGCUUCCCAAAUACCUCCCUCAGACCCUAGCGUGCCCACCGUUCUGCAAAAUCAAAGAAGGACCAAUUAAAGCCAAGAGGGCUUUCAAGAAUCCAGGACGUCAAGAACCAGAGAUAUGGCACAUAGUGACAAAGCCAGGAAAAGGACAGCCAGGCUGGAAAGUGGGAAACACUACAGUACCAUUUCCAUGGAUAAUACCUAAAAUCCAGGGCUCAUGCCUAGAUACAGGGCAAUUGGAAGCCCUGGAGCUAUACAACGACCAAGAUGAAGGAUUCGACAUCUAUCAUACAGAAACCUCCACCGCCAAUACACCAGCAUGUAAAGUGGAGCCUACCAAAGCAGCAGUAGGCAAACAAACCAAGCAUACCAAUUUGCAGAAAUUGGCAGAAGAGGCUUCAAAAGGUAAACUGACUGGAGAUGGAGUCACUGGUUCAAAAGAGCAUUUUAGCAAAGUCAGUUGGAUGGUUGGCAUCCAGAAGAUGGGGCUGCAUGGGAUUAAUGGUGAGGAUGGAGUUGUGGAGAGAUGGUAUAGGAGACAGAGGUAA